CGAACUUUGAACUGACAAUCCCCCACUAACAACGACAACAACAGCAACAACGACACCUACUUCAAUCAUCAUAAUUACUAAGUACCUACUCCAAUACCCGGUACUAGGUACUCACACGUCACCUCGACCAGAACACAACAAAUUUCACUUGCAACCUCUCCCACAACCACCAGUUCAAUCCCAAACCACCACAUCACCAACAGAUCGCAUCGCCAACAACCACCAGCCAUGUCCUCCAUCCGCAACGCCGUGCAGCGGCGCGUGCACCGCGAGCGCGCGCAGCCCCUCGAGCGCUCCAAGCUCGGGCUCCUCGAAAAACACAAGGACUACUCCCUCCGCGCCAAGGACUUCAACAAGAAGAAAGCGCAGCUGCGCGCCCUGCGCGCCAAAGCCGCCGACCGCAACGAGGACGAGUUCUACUUCGGCAUGAUGUCGCGGAAAGGGCCCGGCGACCGCCUCUCCAAGGGGAAAAGCUGGACGGGGACGGUCGAUGGGGAUCGAGGAACUGGGAAGGUGCUGGAUAUGGACACGGUGAGGCUGCUGAAGACGCAGGAUGUGGGGUAUGUGCGUACGGUGAGGACGAGGGUGGCGAAGGAGGUGAAGGGGCUCGAGGAGAGGGUUGUUGGGUUGGGGGGGAGUUUGGAGGAGGUGGAAGCUGAGGAUGAGGACGAGGACGAGGAUGAGGAAAUGGGAGAGGCUGGCUUGCGGCCGGCGAACAAGGCGCAGGCGAAGAAGAUAGUGUUUGCGUCGGACGCGGACGAGCAGAACGAGAUACUGCGACAAAAACACUCGAAGGAAGAAGACAACGACAACGACUCUUCCUCCUCCGGUAAUAUACAGAGCGCCCCAGACGGCGUAACACCCAAGAACCCCAAGAACUCCCAAAAAGCCCCAGCAUCAACGCCACAAGAAGAACUCCUCCACCACGCCGAACAACAGGCAAAGCUCCUCGCGAAGCUCCAGCGACGCCUGCAGAACGCGCGGAAGAAGCUGCGCGUCCUCGCGCGCACCGAGCACCAGAUGGAGCUGCAGCGAGCCAAGAUGGGGAAGAGGAUCACGUCUAUGAACGGCGUGACCAAGGCUGGCAAAAAGUUCAAGGUACGGGAGCGGAAACGAUGAGUAUCUACUCCUGUUUAUUGAAAAUAUAUGUGUCACGGCCAACCAUUAUUAGAGAAUAAAGAGGUGGGAGUUGAAAAGGAGGUGGAAGGGCUGAGAUAAUCAAUGGAGCUUGUUCUUGAGUCUUUUAUUCAUUGCAGAUGGCGUUUCGGCACCCCAGGGUGAGAGAAAAGGGGCCUUAGGCCUGUUAGAGCUAGCUAAACUACGCGAUAUCCCGAAAGGGAUUUCACCCCUUCCUUCCAAUAUAUACUCUUAGCAUAUACAAGUCUCAAAGAGCCCAUUAUCCAUGCAGUGCCUUGAGUAACGGUAAUGUACCUAGGCCUGCCUCCCUCACCGUUGCCGUGUUUGAUAUGUACCCGCAACCUUAUAUUACAUCCCUUCGCUAGUGUCUGGGAUGAAGCCGAAGAAGAGAAAAAAACGGCCCGCCUGCUGCAUUAAUAUGGACUACCCAAAAGGGGUAUAUGACUACUAGGUAGAUAGGUAGGUAGGUAGGUAUCUGGCGUUGAGAUUAUAUCCAUCUCCGUAGACCCUCAACCAUGAACCUACAAACCUACA